AGAAGAAGAAGAAGAAGAAAAAAAAAAAAAGAGAAGACGACAGUGGGUUUCUCGAAAAUGUCGGAGUACGCCACGACACAGAGGAGUUCGCUGAAGUUAAAAGGUUUAGGGAGCAUUUCAGCUGGGAAAAAGAAGAAGAAGAAGGAUAAAGAGAGUAAACAUCGUUUGGAGCAGGUCGUGACCAGCCAAAAUGAUGAGGAGGAGGGAGUGAAAACCAAGAAAGCUUAUAUUGACAAAAGGACACCAGCGCAAAUUGCUUUUGACAAGAUGCAAGAGAAGAGGCAAAUGGAAAGGAUUUUGAACAAAGCAUCAAAGACACACAAACACAGAGUAGAGGUAAGUCAUGCCAGGCUUGGCAUAGCACCAUUCAGUCAGACUUGCUGUUUCAGACGUGUAAAGCAGCCCAUGCAGCUGAAAUUAUUUAAGACUUAUGAAUGCAGCCGUAUGAGCAAAAAUUAACGUAUCUUUUUUGUUGCAUUUGCAGGAUUUCAAUCGCCACCUGGACAACCUGACAGAACAUUAUGAUAUUCCCAAAGUCAGCUGGACCAAAUAGAGGAGGAGCAAACGUUCUUUUUGUGGUUCUCUUUACUGCUUGUACAAAACU